AACCACCAAUAAACUCCCUUUAAAGGCUCUUCUCCUCAUGGAUAAUGCUCCUGGUCAUGACCCUGACCUUGCCAGCAAUUUGGAGUAUCAAUUUGACUUUGUGAAAGUGUUGUUUUUGCCUUCAAACACUAAUUUAUACACCAAUGAGGAAAAGGCAGAAAUAUUAGAAAAGAUACAAGCAGUUGCCAAAGAUGAGGGUAAGAAGAUGGACUCCUCACCUAUGACACUGUUUGGCUACUUCAACGAGCGAGUGAGGGCCAACCUGCACUUGGUAGUGGCCAUGUCCCCCAUAGGUGACACCUUCAGGACCAGGCUCAGGAUGUUCCCCUCCCUCAUUAACUGCUGCACUAUAGACUGGUUUACUGCAUGGCCUGAUGAUGCCUUGGAGAUGGUGGCCACAUCACUGCUGCAGGAAACUAAACUGGAGGCAUCAUUGUUGGCUCACUGUGUCACUGUCUGCAAGUAUUUCCACCACAGCAUUGAUGACCUUGCCCACAGGUUCUAUGAGCAGCUGCGGCGGAGGUACUAUGUGACAUUGUGACACCCACCUCCUACCUGGAGCUCGUGUUCACCUUCAAGCAGCUCCUCCUUAAGAAGCGCUCAGAGAUCCUCACACUACGGGACAGGUAUGUGACAGGUCUGGAGAAACUGAAAGAGGCCAAGCUGUUGAUCACUGAACUGCAAGAAGAGCUAAAGCUGCUGCAGCCCCGCCUAGUGGAGACCUCUGCCAACACGGAGGCACUUAUGAUCAAGAUCGAACAAGACACCAUCCAAGUGGAGAGGAAACAAGAGUUGGUGGCGGCAGACGAGGCGGUGGCCAAUAAGAAGUUUGCCGAUGCACAGGCCAUAAAAGACGACUGUGAAAAGGAGCUCGCCAAGGCAGUACCAGCUCUCAAUGCUGCCACAGACGCCCUCAACACCCUCAAACAAGAUGACAUACGCGUCGUCAAGGCCAUGAAGAACCCGCCCUCAGGAGUCAAGCUGGUGAGUAUAACCUACCAAAUGAUGACAUUGGUUAUGAAGAGUGCUCACCUUAACCUCCACUCUGACUCUACCUAAGUCUCCACUGUUGUUUUACCUAAUCUUCCACUCUGACUCUACUGUCCCCAAACCUUCACUUUGCCUUAAUAUCCUCUAGCUGUUGACCUUAAGUCACUUUGUGCUCCUAACACACCCUGUGAUCCUCACACCCUCCUAAAGAUAUAUGAAAA